AUGGAAUCAGAGAACAGCACAAGAAGAAUUUCAAAAUUUCUUCUUCUUGGAUUUUCAGAAAGCCCAGACCUUCAAUUCCUCACUUUUGCACUGUUCCUGUCCAUGUAUCUGGUCACAGUGCUUGGGAACCUGCUCAUCAUCCUGGCCAUCAUCUCACAGUCUCACCUGCACACACCCAUGUACUUCUUCCUCUCUAACCUGUCCUUUGUGGACAUCUGCUUCACCUCCACCACAGUCCCAAAGAUGCUGGUGAACAUCCAGACACAGAGCAAGGCCAUCACCUAUGAAGACUGCAUCACCCAGAUGUGUUUCUUCUUGGUUUUUGCAGAACUGGACAACUUGCUCUUGGGUGUAAUGGCCUAUGACCGAUAUGUGGCUAUCUGUCACCCUCUACAUUACACAGUCAUAAUGAACCCCCAGCUGUGUAUGCUGCUGGUUCUAUUGUCCUGGGUCAUCAGUGUCCUGCAUGCCUUGCUACAGAGCUUAAUGGUGCUACAACUGUCCUUCUGCACAGAUGUAUAAAUCCCACAUUUCUUCUGUGAGCUUAAUCAGCUGGCCCAACUCACCUGCUCAAACAACUUUCUAAGCCACCUCAUGAUGCAUCUUGCACCUGUUCUAUUGGCAGCCACUUCCCUCAGUGCAAUACUUUACUCUUACUUCAAGAUAGUCUCCUCCAUCCGUUCAAUCUCCUCAGCUCAGGGGAAGUACAAGGCAUUUUCCACCUGUGCAUCUCACCUCUCCAUUGUCUCUUUAUUUUAUAGCACAGGCCUAGGAGUGUACCUCAGUUCUGCUGUGACCCAAAGCUCACUCUUUGCUGCAAGAGCCUCAGUGAACACUGUGGUCACACCCAUGCUGAACCCCUUCAUUUAUAGUCUAAGGAAUAAAGAUGUGAAGAAAGCCCUGGAAAGACUCCUAGAAGGAAAACUAAAUUGCCCAGUUGCCCUGAGCUGA